GAGGGUAAGUACGCAAUAUACAAAAACCUAAAAGUGCGGGUUAAGUGCACGCACGGUCUGAGAGACUGAGACGAUCGAACCAGAGAUCAUUUACAUUUGUCCUAAAUCGACCAGCAAUCAAGCAACGGACGAGAAACGAAAAUAGUACUCAGGAGAGGGGAGUUAAGAGAGACGGUGCAAAAGUCUCAAACAAGUCUGCCAUUUUCACAUUCCGGCAAUCUCCACAAGCGUUUGCUCUAUUUCAAUUUCUAUCGGUUAAAAGUCUAUUCUUUUUUGUUUGUCUGUGUUCAUUCCAGAGCUUCAUUGGCUCUUCUGGUGAUACAAUUUCCUUGUGUGUUUGUUUGUUCUGUAAAUUUUAGAAGAAUAAGUUUCAGUUCUGUCUCCUGGAGCGGCUAAUUUUUAAGGGGUUUGUGAAUUUGGAGUGAUUGAGUUUCUUCUUACCCUAAAUCUACUCAUCCUCCUGUUACUCUCCACCACCUGCUCAGGUUCAUCAGCAUCGCCAAGUUUGAGAAAUCAGCAGGUGACUUUAGUGGGAAAAGGUUAACACUGGAAGCUAUAUAGGGACACAAAAAUUGAUAGGGAGGGUCAGAAACUAUAACGACACAAAGGCUGAGACUAAGGAUGGGCAUGCUCACUUGGCUUGGAAAGAGUAGAAGGAUUAACAUAGAGGGAAGAGAGGUGAAGGUUCAAACGCAAAUGUGGAUCUGUGUGUUGCAUCCCGUGAUAAGGAUAGAAAUGACCGCAGAGGAUCAAUGUUUGCUGAUAGUGUGUCAUGAGCGAACCAAAAGAGACUGGAAGCGAAGAAAAAUAAACCGAUAGGUGGGAAACGAGAGAGAGGGUGGAGCAGAACGAUGGAGAAAGAAAGAAGGAGAAGAAAAAAAGAUCAUAUUAAAAGAGAGCUAGAGACUGAUGCUGAAGAGGUCUCACAGAACGAGAAAGAGCUCGGUGAAGCAUCUGCCAAAACCUGCACAAGAGGAAUAUGUGACAGCCCACAAACCACGACCGUGUCCGUUCACGGAGUCAGGACAACUACGAAGGGUACAAGGUAAUCAUUCGUUACUAUGUCUUCGAGAAAGGAUCGAUUUGCACUGCUUGGUGAACAAUAGUGAAAGAAAAAUAAUCGGUUAAACUGGCAUUCGUUUUUAUAUGUGCAUUGAUGAUGGUCAUCUGCGACACACUUGUACUUGAUAAUUAAUCUAUGAGGCGAAUCAGAGGUUCCGGUUGUUGUUUACAACGUUGGGGAAUGUAUGCAAGAACUGAUUAAAUUGUGGAAGGAAUAUGAAUCUUCUCAGCCUGACAAAAGUGGUGAGUUCGCAAGUAAUGGCCCCACUCUUGAAGUUCAGAUUCCAGCUGAGUAUGUUACUGCUACUAACCGCCGAGUAAGAGGUGGCCAGCUAUGGGGAACAGACAUAUACACAGAUGAUUCAGAUCUUGUUGCUGUUCUCAUGCAUACAGGUUAUUGUCGUCCUACAUCUUCCCCUCCUCCACCGACAUUGCAAGAGUUGCGUGCUACCAUUAGAGUCUUGCCGUCACAAGAUUACUAUACCUCCAAGCUAAGGAACAAUGUCCGCUCUCGAUCAUGGGGAGCUGGAAUCGGAUGCAGUUACAAAGUUGAGCGGUGCUAUAUACUUAAGAAAGGAGGUGGAACUAUAGAACUGGAACCCUCUCUUACACACUCCUCAGAGCCAACACUUGCACCAAUGGCUGUUGAUAAGUCUAUGACCACCAGAGCUGCAGCUUCGAAUGGUCAGCGGCAACAAAGGUUUGUUCGAGAAGUAACAAUACAAUACAACCUCUGCAAUGAACCUUGGAUCAAAUAUAGCAUAAGCGCUGUGGCCGAUAAGGGUCUGAAAAAGCCUCUUUUCACCUCUGCUCGCUUGAAGAAAGGAGAAGUUUUGUACCUUGAAACACAUUCAUCCAGGUAUGAGCUCUGUUUCGCUGGAGAGAAGACUAUGAAAGAAUUCCAAGCCUCCCAACAACAACACUCAUCAUCCGAAGAAGCUAAGGAGAUGGAUAACAAUAACAACUCUGUCAUGUUUUCCUUAAACGUUUUCCGUUGGUUACGAUGGAGGAAACCUCUCCCUCAUGUGACAACAGACGGUGAAAAAACAGAUACAGAUUCAGACAACAGUGUAAUUGAUGUUUUCCGUUGGUCACGAUGUAAGAAACCUCUCCCGCAGAAGCUUAUGCGGGAUAUCGGGUUUCCACUCCCACCAGAUCACGUCGAGGUGUUGGAGGAGAAUCUGGAUUGGGAAGAUGUACAAUGGUCACAGACUGGUGUUUGGAUUGCUGGGAAAGAGUACACACUUGCUCGUGUUCAUUUCUUGGCUCCCAGCUGAAGAGAAAAUAAAAAGCUUUUCAUGUCUUUAUCUGAUCUAUUGUUAGAGAUUAUAGUUUCUUUUGAGUCUCUUCUUGUGUUCUUGUUCUUUUCUUUUGUAAACUUUAUGCAAAAAUGGUUUGAUUGUUAAUUUAGUAAAGAUUAUAGAUAAUCAAUCCCCUUUGGAUUUUUC